AAGAAAUGUGGAGUCGAGCGCGACGGCGCAUCCAACUCAGACGGUAAUCCGUCACCCGAAUCCCAACAAUCUCUUCCAUUCCAAACAACUUUCUUUGGCUCGAAUAGUCCUGAAACCUUUGUCUAAAAAUCUGCCUACUUCGGUGUCUGCCCAGCGCUGUUGAUCGCAACAGCUCGUGCUUGUCAGCCCGUGACUUUCGUUUUGCUAUCUUACCCACGUUCUGCUACCUCUCCCGGCGUUCGAACCGACCUGCCCUUCGCCAUCAUGAAGCUCCCUCCGAUUGCCACGGCCUGUCUCUCCGCGCUCGUAAUAGACUCUUGCAGCAACAUCAUUGCGCAACGCCUCAAAGCAUGGAACGAAUCCAAGCCCUUCGUCUUCGACCGUGUCCUCUUCACACAAUUCGCCAUCAUGGUCGUCCUUACUGCGCCGGUAAACUAUCAUUGGCAGAACUGGCUUGAACGUGCGUUCCCCGGGUGGAAGACGGUAAAACAGACAAGGACAGUGGGAGAUGGCGAGGAGGAAAAGGGCAUCAUGCUCAAGGAGGAUGGCGAUGGUCGCGGUAUCAUCGAAGAGGAGGUUAGAGUGAGGAAUUGGUGGAAUAUCUUUAGAAAAUGGUUUACCGAUUGUAUCACCAUGGGCGCGUUGCUGAACCAGUCAAUGUUCCUUGUCUUGAUUGGAAUCAUGAAGCGUAAAACAGUAGCAUUGAUUGCUCAGGACUUUAGAAAUGAGUUAUUCGGCCUCAUCUUCGAUUCGUACAAAGUCUGGCCAAUUGCCAAUUUCUUCAGCACCACAUUUAUCCCCGUUGAGCGCCGCAUCGUCUUCCUGAGUUUCUGUGGUCUACUGUGGAACAUCUACCUAUCACUGGUAGCGGCGCGGCUCUAGAUAUUCUUCAAUCCGAAUACGUCUGCUGCUCUGCAACAUGCUACGCCAUUGAUCUCAUGCGCUCAUCCGUUGAUGGCUACAGAUUACAUCUAGGCCCCUUCUUCCAAGCCUCCAGCACCGCAGCCCAAUACUUAUCCUCAUCCUCCCG